CCGCGGGGCUUUUCUCCCUGCGGGGGCUGCGCGUCGCGCCCGGAUUGACGACGGAGCGGUGAGAGAGCAGGAGGGGAGGGGGGGCGGGGCAGGGCAGUGCUCGUCGCGGGAGGCGGGCGCGGACGGCGCUGCCCGGUGUCCCCGCGGUGACGUCGCCUGGCGAAGCGCUGCGGGCACGGCGGCAGUUGACAGAAUGACAGGAAUGGAGACUGAAAAGGCAAGAGACAAAGCCACGGAAGAAGAAAGCACUGAACAGAAAAAGGAGAGAGAGAAAAAGAAGAGGUCAAGGGUUAAACAGGUGCUGGCAGAUAUAGCGAAACAAGUGGAUUUCUGGUUUGGCGAUGUUAAUCUCCACAAAGAUAGAUUUCUCCGAGAACAAAUAGAAAAGUCCAGAGAUGGGUAUGUUGACAUAUCGCUUCUUGUUUCUUUCAACAAAAUGAAAAAAUUGACUACUGAUGGAAAAUUGAUAGCUCGAGCAGUGAAAAGUUCGUCUGUUGUAGAGUUGGAUUUAGAAGGAACUAGAAUCAGAAGACGCCAACCGCUGGGUGAGCAACCGAAGGAUGUGGAUAGUCGUACGGUCUAUGUGGAGCUGCUUCCCAAAAAUGUCAAUCACAGUUGGAUUGAGCGGGUGUUUGGAAAGUGUGGUAAUGUAGUUUACGUCAGUAUACCCCGGUAUAAAAGUACUGGUGAUCCAAAGGGAUUUGCCUUUGUUGAAUUUGAAACUAAAGAGCAAGCAGAGAAAGCUAUUGAGUUUUUGAAUAAUCCACCAGAAGAAGCGCCACGGAAACCUGGGAUUUUCCCCAAAACAGUAAAGAAUAAGCCUGUUCCUGCACUGAAUACGAGUAACAGCAGUGUAGUAGAAGAGAAGAAAAAGAAGAAAAAAAAGAAAUCCAAACUCAAGAAAGAGAGCAGUGUACAGGCAGCUGUAGAGACAAAGGAGUCAAACGCAAACACUACAACAGAGCAAGUACCCAAGUCAAAAAGGCACAGGACUUCAUCGGAGUGUUCAGAAAUGGAGGGGACGGAGACUCACAGGCAGCCCUCAAAGAGAGAGAAAAGAAAAUGGGACAGAACAGAAAGUUCAGAGGUACCUUGGGAAAGCAGGCCGGGGAAGAGAAAAAGAACCAGCUCUGGAGAUGGUGAGACAUCAACUCCAAAAGUCAAGAAAACUGUUCAAAAGGAUGAAGUUUGUCCUGUAAAAGAAGAAACAACUGAAGCUCCGAAAGAUUCCAACGAUGUUUCUGCAGAAGAAGACAAAGACAAAAAAGACACAUCCCUUUCAAAAUCUAAAAGGAAACAUAAGAAAAAACACAAAGAAAGACACAAAAUGGGUGAAGAAGUCAUUCCACUCAGAGUACUUUCCAAGACCGAGUGGAUGGAUUUGAAGCAAGAAUAUUUGGCCCUUCAAAAAGCCAGUAUGGCCUCCUUAAAGAAAACAAUGUCUCAAAUCAAACCUGAGCCUGUGGGAGAGAUGGAAACGGAAUCUUGUGCGCAGAAAAAGCCUCAAUCUGAAAAUGACAAAUCCACCAGUGAAGAUUCUGCCCCUCCUGCCAAGGCUAACACAAUGGGCCCCCAGUUCGUGAGUGGAGUAAUUGUGAAGAUCAUUAGCACCGAGCCCCUGCCGGGCAGGAAGCAGAUCAAGGAUGCUUUGGCAGUGCUGGCCGAAGUUGCUUAUGUUGACAUGCUGGAGGGAGACACAGAAUGUCAUGUCCGUUUUACAACUCCUGAGGAUGCACAGAUUGUCAUGAAAUCAUACAAAGAAAUACAGAUCAAAAACAACUGGAAAUUUGAAGUUCUCACCGGUGAUCAUGAACAACGUUACUGGCAGAAGAUUUUAGUGGACAGACAAGCUAAACUUAACCAGCCUCGAGAAAAAAAGCGGGGUACAGAGAAGUUGAUUGCUAAAGCUGAAAGAAUGAGACUUGAAAAGACUCAACAAACAAGCAAACAUAUUCGCUUCACUGAAGAUAACUAACCAAGACUGAUGGCGAUUUUGAAAGUGAACAAAGUAUUUAAAAAAAGAAAACUGAGAAACCCAACUGAAAACAAACUCCACAAACACCACUGCUUACAGCAACUAAACUGUUUUUAAGAAGGCAUCAAAAACUGGUCAGUUUGAUUCAUAAUUCUGCAGACGGCAAGUAUGAAGAUUGUUCUGAAUCCCAUUUUUAAAUAGCUGAAUGUUUACUGCUUCUGAGCCUUUAGGUAAAGCUUUCUGGGAAAAAUAAGUAUUAAGAGAUGUUGCUUUGGUUCACUUCUGAUUUUUUUUUUUGUAUGUUGAAGUUUUAUACACUAGGUUAUGAAAUAAAAUGCUUGAGAAAU